GCUCUGAGACCGGGACCCAGCAGCUGCCUCCUGUUCUCCCGGCAGGUGUUUCCAGCUGUGCACGGAGACUGACUGGCCGAGGACCCACCCCGGAGAGCUUUGGACACCUUAACAGUGAACGAGCAUGGAGGGGGAGGAUUACAACAACUCCUACGAUUACCAUUACGAUUACGAGUACCCCGAGGAUCCUGAAGCCAUCCUGAUUUCGGAGGAGUUUCCACCCCCGGAAGGCGGGGCGAUCAGGAUCUUCCUGGUGGUGGUCUACAGCAUCAUCUGCUGCCUGGGCAUCCUGGGCAAUGGCUUGGUGAUCUUCAUCGCCACCUUCAAGGUGAAGAAGACGGUGAACACCAUCUGGUUCGUCAACCUGGCCAUCGCCGAUUUCCUGUUCAACCUCUUCCUCCCCUUCCACAUUGCCUACGUGGCCGCGGACUACCACUGGGUCUUCGGGACCGCCAUGUGCAAGGUCAGCAACUUCCUGCUCAACCACAACAUGCACACCAGCGUCUUCCUGCUGAUGGCCAUCAGCUUCGACCGCUGCAUCGCGGUGCUCCUCCCCGUCUGGUCCCAGAACCACCGCAGCAUACGGCUGGUCUACGUGGCCUGCGUGGUCAUCUGGGUCCUGGCUUCCCUCCUGAGCUUCCCUUCCCUCGUGUUCCGGGACACGGUCCUCGUGCACGGGAAGAUAGCGUGCUUCAGCAACUUCAGCCUGGCGGAGGCCAACUCUUCCCUGGGGCCUGCUCGCCUUCAUCCGGGCUCCGUGGGCUUCCGCUGGCACCUGGCGGUGAGCGUCAUGCGCUUCCUCUGUGGCUUUCUGAUCCCGGUCUCAUCAUCACGCUGCUACGUGAAGCGACUCGGGCACUAG